GGAGUUUUAUUCGAAUUCACCGCAUACUGUCUCAGGUUUGUCAGAAACGCAUCGAAAAGCUCCAUUCCGUCAUGUUAUUCAACUUAAAAUCCACUAGGAGGCAGAAUUGUAUCAGCGCAUUUACGAACAAAAACUUGGGGAGUUAUCAAAAGAGCAUUACAGGAGAACAAACACAAUUUAAAUACAAGUUAAAUUAAUCUGUCGUUGUAGUAAUAACAUCGAGGGUAGGUCAUUAUUGUAUUUUUUUUUUUACGAAAAGCAGGAAAGAAAGAAGGGAAUAAAUGGAUGGGGUCGAAGUUUGAUAGAAGUCACUUUUCCACGAGUCCGUGAAGGCAGCACCGCUGCUCCCCGCAGAGCUCCUGAGGGGGGGGGGGAGGCGUGCGAGCUCGACACUUCGGAGCAGGUUCAUUAAAUGCAACUUUUGGGAUUUAUGGAGCUGAGCAAUUUAAGACCGCGCCGGGUGCCGUUUAUUAUCGCGAUAUUCUAACUCCGACUGCAUUCGCAUCAUCCGUCCAGGGGUCUGCGAUGACUUCCGCGGUGGUUCUCCUCGCACUUCUUGGCGUUUUGACGCACCGGGACACUUUUACGCACGCCUGCCAGUUGCCGUCCGAGUGGCGGCCGCUGAGCGAGGGAUGCCGAGCGGAGCUGGCCGAAAUCAUCGUGUACGCCCGGGUUCUGGCCAUCCACCGAGAACCGCUCGGCGGCGGGGGGGACAGCGUCUACAACUCGCUCCCCGUCGGAUUCGGGUACGGGUACGAGGGCGCCGAGGAAGGGCUGCUCUACUCGGCGGAGGCGGAGCUGCUGUGCGACCAAGCAUGGGGGAGCAUGCUGGAGGUCCCGGCGGGGUCCCGGCUUAAUUUCACCGGCCUGGGCUACCUCUCGUGUCAGUCUCACACGGUGAUGGAGAACUACUCCUACUUCUUCUUCCUCAGGAUGGACGAGAACUACAACAUCCUGCCCCACAGCGUCAACUUCCAGGACGCCAUCUUCCCCGACACGGCCGACAACCGCCGCACCUUCUCCAGCCUCUUCCAGUUCUCCAACUGCACCCAGGGGAGCCAGCCGUUCCACACCUUCAGUCCCGAGUGGGACACUGUGGAGGACAGCAGGCUGCUGUGCUCCUCCGUGCAAGCGGCGCUGUUCGACGAGGAGGAGCGAGGCCGCGAGCUCCGGGAGCGCCUGGCCGCCGCCGAGCGCAGGAACAAGCAGCUGAAGGGGCGCGUCCGCAAGGUGAAGCGCUCCCUGAGGAACGCCCGCAAGGCCACGCGCAAGGCCGAGCAGGAGGCCCAGGACCUGCUGGCGAAGCUCAAGGCGGCCGAGCGCCAAGCCGGCCUCCACCUCAACGCCAUCACGCAGGAAGAACUGCCGCCGGGGCGAUACGCCGGCCCGGCCCUGCGCCAGAGAAUGCAACUCUGAUGGAUGGCGGGAAACAACGAGAGGCUGCUGGGCGGUCUUUAUGGACUCAACCUAUCGUGUAAAUAAAAUACUGCACGUAUGAUUACCACUGUGGCGGGCAGCGCAUUAGGUCUCCGGGCCUACAGUGGGACUUUCUCCAAGUAAUCCACUACAAUCAUUAAUAAGUAUUAAUGUGCGGAGCUCAGACAAGUGGCAUGUUUUGCUAGCCGGAGUUUUCAUGGAAUUUCACGGAACAAUUUGAAGUUUCUGUAGGUGGACUGGAUUGCUAUAACACAAAAUUGGUCUCGAUCCAGAUUUCAUGGGAGGAGAUCACAAAAACAGGCCUCCUGAAGAUGAGUCAGAGUACUUGUACUUGCCUUUCGCAGAUACAGUUGCAACGUCUCCUCUGCGCAUCGUCGGUCCAAACGCAGACGGCCGUGCGGGUCAGACGGAACGCCGCUGAAAUUCAGAGUCGUUUAGUUCUGUGUAAACAAGCCCGGUGGAGUCACUUUGGGUUUUGGAAAACCGAGUAUGCAUCACACUUUGCUUUUUACCAGAUGAAG